AGACAGCUGAUGAGACCAUUCCCCAUAAGACAUCUGAUGAGACCAUUCCCCAAAAGACAACAGCUGUUUCAAGGGAAUUAAAGGUGAUCACAGCCCAUCCAGGGAGACAUGAUGCAACCAUCCCAAGACACAUAAGUGUAAGCAAGAACACAAGUUCUACUUCCAGGGCUAUAGCCCAAGAGAAAAGAAACAAUUCUUUGAAAAAAGCCAACCCAAGGGAAACCACUUUGUUAAAAGCUGCUAAUACAAGACAUCAUCUGAAAGAUGGCACAAAAAUUCCAAGACCUGCACGUGUACCCGACUCCAGCAAGGACAACCCUGUGGAUGAUAAAAGUGAUUUCCUUCCCCCUAUCAAGCUUAAUGACAUUGAGCUUACCCUUAGAAAUACCAAUAGCAACUCCAGAAGGUUAAACUACUUCAGACCAGUUCCGCAAAAAUUCAACAGUCCUUCCAUGCCAGCUUCAAAGGAAAGCAAUGUCAAAUCAAACCACCAGAAACCAACUCAGCAGAAAGGUAACAACAACAGUUCUUCCACAUCAGUGCCAAGUUCAACAUCAGCAGAUAAGGACAAAACUGACAGCUGCAAAGGAAACAGUGACAAAUCAAACAACCAGAAAGCACCUCGACCAAAAGGUAACAAACACAGUCCUUCCACACCAGUGCCCAGUUCAACAUCAGGAGACCAGGACAAAUCAGACUGCAAAGGAAGUUUAAACUUCCUGAAAGCCUUUUGGCAGAAAGGUGACAAAUACAGCCCUUCCAUAUCAGUGCCAAGUUCAACAUCAGGACAGGCAGACAAGGACAAAACAGAUGUUUGCAAAGGAAACAAUGUCCAGUCAGACCACAAGAAAGCAGCUAUACAGAAAGGUAAGAACUGCAGUCCUUCGAUAUCAGCACCAAGUUCAACAUUGGCAGAUAAAGACAAAAAAGGUUGCAAAAUCACACCAUUGCCACAAGAGGGAAGUGGAACUUAUCAUCCAAAUGAUGAGUGGUCACGAGCCACUAAGUCCAGGGGUAAGGCAAAGGCGAACAUGCCAUUCUCCAAGUCUGACACUGCAAUACCUACUGAGACUAGUGGGAACUGUGAUAGUAAGAAGGAUGACAAACCAUCACAAGCAGCAAACCAGCGCACCAAAGGCAAGUCAUUCUUCAAUUUUUUUUCACAAAAAGCUAAGAAAACCAAAGAUAAAAAUGAGUCACCUAGGCAUUCUGACCAUGCCCGCAUUCUGGCAAAAUGCAACCAGCGACACAUGACAGAGGGCAGUCCCCCCAACAAGAUAGAAGUGAAGCCGAGUCCAUAUGAAACAGCUUAUCCCACUGUUCGGUCUUCUAUUACAACGAAGAAUGGACAAGCCCAUCCCAACAAUACAGAUGCCAAACACCAGCAACAGCGCAGAAGCCUUCCACUCAGUCAACAGCACAGACAAGUCAUCAAUGCAUACACAGCAUCUGUCCGCCCAUCAAGUCGGUCUAAAGGUUGGCCUCGUGCAACUCGUCAUCAACGAAGUGUGCAAAGAAAUGUCAUGACCGAACAGAACAGUCAUCGUAAUUUCUUGACUAAAAACUUACACCAAUAUGUAAAUGAUUGAUUCAUGUGGUUAAGAGUGGCAAAUUUGUUGACCUUGGAUUAAACAAAAACUUCAUGCAAA